CUUGAAGCGAAACAGAACAGCAGUGUAGACGCCAGAAGGCAUUACAAUGUCCAUCAAAUUCAGUGGCUGGGAAGUGUUCUGUGAGAAAUCACGGGACUUGAAACCAGGCCAGGCGCCAAAGUCAAGCCGUGGCUACACUAUGUACCACGGAACACACAAGACCAACGCCACGGCCAUCAUAUCCUCCGGGUUCAGGCCCUCUGCAGGGGGGAGGCUGGGACCUGGAGUCUACUGCAGCAGAAACAUCAACAAGGCCAUGGGUUAUCCCGCAUUUUGCCCGCCCAAUGAAAGAGUGGUCCUGAAGCUCAGUGUGAGGGUUGGGAAGGUGAAGAAGAUAGACGGCCAGGCCGCAGGCAUGUCACACACCUGGCAUCAGCAUGGUUACGACACAGCCUGGCUGCCCCCCACUGCUGGGUUGGAGGAGGACUGUGUUUGGGAUCCUAAGCGGCUCACCGUGGUUGGCAUAGCACACUGCACAGACCCAGCUACAAAGACGUCUCUUGAGACACUUAUAAAGAAACAACAAAAGGAACCGCAAGGGGGCCAAAACACACAGAAAAGUGCCAAAUGUCAGGUCUGUGGAAAUCAGACAGAGUUAAACCACACUAUAGAAAAGUGUUGGGAAUGCAAGGCUGCAAUUUGUCCAUUCAUGGACAAGCAUGUUUGCCACAAACGUGGUUGAUUCAAGAUGUCUUCCCAUCAAUAGGUUGAUCCCCUCCCUGUUAUUUCCCUAAAUAUUUCUUUAUUUCUUGUAUUAUAUCGUAACCCAUCAAGUUAAUAUUGGGAAAUAAUUAUUCAGCAACAAUUAAUUAUGAAAAUAGGCCUAUGUUUACGGUGAUUGACAGGUUUUCUGAUAAGUUGGUUUAUUUGUCUCAGGAUCAAGGUGUAAUAGUGUAAGCACUGUAAUUCUUAAUUUCAGACGGACCACAAACUGACUAUGGACGGUCAUGCAUAUGCAGCACUCUGAAUAAAUGUCAUGCCCAGUGUAGGCCUACUUAGCCUACAUCUGCUU